AUGUCUAUCCAGCUAACGAGCGAGAAAUUUUACACUUUGAGAGAUAAAGUGCUAUAUGCCAGAACGAAAGCGUACUGUCCAUAUUCUAAAUUUUUUGUAGGUGCAGUGAUUUUGACUAAAGAUGGUGACUACGUGUCCGGAUGUAAUGUGGAAAAUUCAAGCUAUGGAGGUACCAUAUGUGCAGAACGCACUGCCGUUGUCAAGAGCAUCUCUGAGGGGAUUCCCAAGGAAGAUUGGGUAUGCCUGGCGGUCAUAGGAGGCCAUGAAAAGAUUGUUUCACCGUGUGGGAUCUGUAGACAAUUCCUUAGCGAAUUUGUUCCGGGACAUUUCCCAGUAAUCAUGUUCAGUGGUGAUGGAUCACGACACAAGUUAAUGACCAUGAACGAAUUACUACCAGAGAAUUUCAAUUCGGAAUUCUUGUAA